AUGAAUAGAGAAAUGAAAGGAUGGUGGUUAACCUGUAAGCAAGUUAAAACAAUUUUGUUUCGUUUUCAUUAUACAGUAGAAAAUCAGAGAACAACUUUCUCCCAAUUCGAUGAACAUUGUCUUUGUGAUGUGAAAGUCUCUCUUUGUGACUUUGGUUGUUGCUGUGAUAAAGAUUGUUCUUCCUCAGAAAGGAAAUCGUUUACUUGCAAUUCGGAGUUAUUUAAUGACUUUCACGAACCGUCCAUAUUCGAAUACGGUUGCCAGAAAACACGAAGCAUUAGUGAUGAUUAUUUGGCUGUACUUUGUGUUGUCACCGACAAUAAUCCUUUUCUCGGUUUACUGUACAACACGUCGCCAGCAUUCAUUAACGAAGGUGUACAGUUUGAUGUCUUGAUGGCUCGCACCCGUAAUUAUGAAUACGUGGAAAGCGAAACACGUAUCUUACCAGAAAAUGACGCAAUAAAAGGUGGAUAUCGCUUUAAUGUCAGCGUUAAGACAGACCGCGGAUUCUUGACGCUUCCUCAAAGGAUUGGGACCGAUGCCUGUUCCCGUCACGCGCCCGUGGUGUUUUUGAACGCUGUGGACACUUGGUGCAGCGCGGAGUUUUCUGAUGCAAUGUGUUCGACGGACUCGAUGUGGAGUUCCUUAGACUAUUUAGUACCAAAAACUGCAUCAUCUUGCCUUACGUCACCUCAGGUCCUCAAUGAUCCCGUAAACUCCACUGCUGUUCCUACAGAUGUUGCUUAUUAUUGUAUUGAAAAUGCAUCUGCUUACACAACGAUGUACGAUCAAGACUGGGGAUUAAUUCAUCAAAAUCGCUCGUUAUUCGACACAUCCGAAAGACCACUUGAGCAAUUUGAUCCUAUGCUCAGAUGCAAGUUUGACGAUGGUGUAAGCACGGCACCUGUCCCACAGUUCACAGCAACACCUAGAAUGUGCAUCAAUGUUGUUUUGAAAGUUCAUUAUGAUAUUUAUUGGAAAGGAACGAGUAUAGUCCAGGUAAGGGCUAAGAUAACAUUGGGAAAUAUGCAUUCGCCCGCUGGUAACCUUAUUGUGUCUCAGCGGUUUUCCGUGAAGUUUAUUUACCUGAAUGAAGUAAACCAUGCCAAACUGCCUUUCAUUGAGCCAGCGAUCGACGAAAGAUCAGGGAAUCCUGGAUACAUCAGAGGAAGAAAAGUGAUUGCGAAAAUUAUCCGCGAAGGAAAAACCCUAAAUAACACCAACUCAAAAAUGUCGUUUGGAAAGCUUGGUCUGUGGGCUCCAGCGACCAGCGGCUUAUGUAUCGGAGCAACUUCAUCUAAUGUAACGUUUGGUGUAAACAGUUUGACUGGAUGUAUAGUAAAGUUAAGCUAUCAAGAUUUUGAAAACUGUAGUUUGUUACGACAGACAGUUUUAGAACAACAGCGAAAGCUUAUUGCUGCAACACACGUUUCGCGACACGGUAGAGCCUCUUUAAACAACACCGUUGAUUGGUUGCCUUUGAUAUUCAACGAUCCCACCUCGGUUUCAAAUCACAGCUCACUUAACACAACUGGAAAUGCAUCGUUGAACUCCAGUUUGGAAGAAACUAAAGGACUUUGUCUGAAUAUGCCGGCUAGUCUAGUAUACGAGAUUGCAUACCGACAGACUGGGAACUAUUAUGGAAAACCUCAAUUGGAAAUAGUUGGAGCCCGCGUGAGUUAUAAUUUGUUGUCAUGGCGAUUUCAAUGUAUCAACGGAAGGUGCCAUGAAUGUAACGACAGCCAAUGCGUUGACAGUAUUCAGUCUUUUGCUGUGACUAGUUCAGUGAAUUUUUUUGCGCUUUCAAGGCUAGACACAUCUCGCUUAAAAAGGAAUGAAGACGUGAAAAAUAUUUGUUAUCAAGAUGCAUGCCCGGGAGAAGUGCUUUACCCUCUGUUGACGUCGUACGACGGUGAAUCACGAGAAGUGGCGAUUGCUUACGGUUUGCUUCUUGUCGUUUUCAUUCUACUUUUUAUGGCCGUGUCAACGUCAUUACUACGUAAUGUGAAAAAGUUGUUCGUUGGAUAGAUCUAUUUUGAAGUACU